UCCUUUGAACCCCGCCUCUUCUGCCAGUAUAGCUGAGAAACAACUUCAGUUGAAGAAACUAAUUUAAUUUCCUGUCUUCUUUAAAAUAUUUUUCUCUCACAUUUGAUGACAAGAUGACAAGGCUUCUUGAGUUCCAACUGUGCUUCAUGCUGGGUUUUAGUGAAGAAUGUCUUAUUUCCUGACAAUCCGCAAGAUCAGUACAAAAAAAGGAAUACAUGAACACUUGUAAAUUAAAGGGGCCUUUCUUCAAAUGUCAGUAAAACGAUCCUAACCUUCAGCCACUAUGAAUCUCUACAGCUUACCAAAUGAUUCCACGCCAGACAAUGAAACUUUAGCCAUUCUUGAGAAUAAACUCAUCUGGGUUGCCUUACCUGUUGUGUAUUCACUGGUGGUUUCAAUUAGUGUUCCGGGCAAUAUUAUUUCACUAUGGAUUUUAAUAUUCCACUCUAAACCAAUAACAUCUUUAAUAAUCCUCAUGAUCAACCUGAGCAUCACAGAUCUGGCUCUUGCCGUGUUUCUUCCAUUCCAAAUAAACUACUACUAUAAUGGGAACAAUUGGAUUUUUGGUAAAGAUCUUUGUAAUGUGGUGACGAUCAUGUUUUAUGUGAAUAUGUAUUGCACAAUACUGACAAUCAUGUUGAUCAGCAUAGAACGUUACUUGGGUAUCGUCCAUCCCAUGAAGUCAACUAUGUGGAGGAGGAAAAGAUAUGCUGGUGGAGCAAUUAUUAUCAUUUGGACCGCAAUACUUGCUGCAUUCUAUCCUAUGGAAUCGACUGACUUAACCUACGAAGUGACACAUCUAAACAAAACAACAUGCUUUGAUGUUCUCAAGUGGAACAUGCUACCAAACAUAUUUUCCUGGGCAGCCUUUAUUAUUGUUCUUUUUUUCAUUUUAUUCUUAAUACCCUCCAUAGUUACUAUUGCUUGUUAUGUUUGUAUUAUUCGCAAGCUUAUUCAGACAUCCAACAGACAUGGAACUGGGCAGGAGAGGAGAUCCAUCAAGCUUGCCGUAUUUGUUCUCAUAAUAUUUAUUACCUGCUUUGCUCCCAACAAUUUCAUUCUUCUUGUACAUACAAUUGUGCGCCUUUUUUUUAACAAAAGUUACUACCAUGCUUACAAACUCUCACUUACUCUCAGUUGCUUAAGCAGCUGCGUGGACCCUUUCCUUUAUUAUUUUGCUUGUAAAGACUUUCGACAGAAAGCAUUAGAUUUAUGGCAUCGGAGAUUCAGAAGAAUGGAGACCAGGCGCGGUAGCGUGUUUUCUGCGCUUACAUUUUCCAGUGGACAGAUUGAGAGCUUAGAAAAUGGAAACAAUCACAAACAUGAAUGUAAAAAUCGUGAAAGUGAUAUGUAGCUACAUUUUUGUUGGACUUCCUCAAGGAAAAAUGGGAUUUCAGUCUAUCAGCAUUCAAAGCAGAUCAGUGGGAAUUUAAACAACCAAGCUUUCGGAUUUGUUUGAUCAAUGAAAAAGCGGACAAGGAAAGAAUCACUGUAUAAAACAUGUUUAAUAAAAAAGACUCAAUUGGAGGCCUAGCCAUGCCUACAGAUUGAACCCGAUAGGGGUAGGCUGGUACAGGCUACCAAGCACUGUAUUGUUAUAAGAACAAUCUCAUGAAUCAAGGUAACUCGGUCGGUUACUAAGAAUUAAUGUGACAAUUUUAAUCUGUACGGUUAAGUAAAUACUUUCAAUAAAAAUCUAUUGUUUAAAAAAAAAAAAAAAAAAAAAGACUUGAACAAUAAAGUGUACAUUAGUUGGUGCCAAUUUAAAAAAAAUUGGAGGAAGUCAAACCAGAGAUGCUGCCCAUAUUUACCAGCCUGAAUUUUUUUUCUGAUCUGCAAAAGAAAUAUGACAGCUCAAAUUAAUUGGGUAAUAUUACAACAAAAGCACCUCUAAUUUUAUUUUCCUCCUUUUUUUUAUAUAAAUCUGCUUAAAUCUGUUUAAUAACAUAGAAAUGGUGACCAAAAGAUACUUCAUUGACUGGAGCAAAAUUAAAUGCACUAUUCUAUGUGGA